AUGGCUUCUUCUAGCAAGGCUUACCCGACCGAAGUUGAUGGUGAGGAGCCUACCGUUCAGCAAGAGGCAGACCGUCUUCUUGCCGAGGCUUUGUCAAACGAGACACACACCGAAGACAGCGAGCAGAAGAACGAAGAGACCGAGGAGGAAGAGACAGAUGAGGAGGAGGUAGAGAAUGCACGGCGCAAGGGUGGAGCACUAGAUGAUGACGAGGACGACAAGCGUGACAAGCCGUCGCCCGCAGUUCUUGCCACAGACCCAGCUUCGUCUUCUUCGGACACCAACCCGCUGUUGCCCUACAUCCCCGACCACUUUAUCACCGACAAGCAGAUGGAGCAGUUCCUCGCCAACUCUUCCCACAAAGACCGUGUGAAGAAGGCUAUCCUAAAGCACGAGACCGAGAUUAAGAAGCAAGACAAAGUCCUCAAGGAGCAGGAGAACAAGGAGAAGAAGAAGACCGACGCAAAAGACUUUAGGGAGUUUGUCAUUACCCUCUUUGUCCGCUUCAACGAGACGACGAAGACGCUCAACGUGGCACGUGGCACAACGGUUGGGGAAUUCAUGACACAGGUGUUGAAAGCCUUCAACAUGAAGAAGGAGAAGAAGGAUGCCACCCUUCGCUAUGAGGACGUGUCUUUGUCAGAGCACCCUCGCCGAACGCUCAUGGGCUUCAAAGUGGAGAACAACAGCACCCUGACCCUUUCCUUGCCUAUCAAGGGUGGCGGUGUCAUGAAGCCGUGGCUGAAGAAGACCGAAGCCAUCCAGACGCUUACCAAGAAGGCUUCCUGCAGUGUGGACAAGCUGAUUGUCUGUGACGAUGAGCAGGUUUUGGAUGAAGACCUCAACAAGCACAUUCGUAACUUCAUUGAUGAGAAGCGCUCGACGGUGUCAGCUAUCAAGUUGAUGCAGGAGCAAGGCACAAGGAACAUCAUCAAGCUGGCACUGCGCAACAUUAAUGAGGACGACCUGAACACCAUCAAGGGCAUCAUUGGCGACCGCAAGACUGAAGGGCGCAAAGGCAACACUGAAGAGAAGGUGCUUCGCGCUUCCUACCUGCCGUUCCCUGCCCUUCGUGACGUCAAGAACACCAUCACAAGCAUUAAGUCGUUGGAAGGUGAGUUUGGAAAGGAGUUGCCGCGCUUCUAUGUGCUUGAGUAUCACUCGGUGACUUUGGGCGAGGCGAAGUUCGACAACGGCAAGUUCGUGGGCAACAUCGAUAAGGAGUUGCAGAGGCGUGAGAACCUCAAGGAACACUCAAAUGCGCAGAACCUCAACGAGGCAUGA